AUGAUGCGCAGCAAGCCAUCCUCAUCCAUGCAAAAGACCUACGAUGAGUGCUACCUUCAAUGCUCAACUGCCGUAUUCUUCGAGGGACAGGGGAAUGAGCCGGAGGCCCUCCGGUCGUGGAAAUCAGCCUUAGACCAAAUCAACUACUACAAAGCGUACAAACUACCCUUCAACUACACGCCAAAGUCGGAGACGGAAAAGGCGCUGUACGAGUCCUUAAAUGAAUUAGAGACCCAAUGCAGAGAACGAGUCGACCUCCUCGAGGCCCUGAGGAGAAGCCGACAGGAAGCCGGACGGGAAACGCCCAUAGAGGAGAAGCCCGAAUACAGUGGCAGGAAACGACUGGAGAAGAACAAAGGGGUGCAAGAGGCGGCAUCUGAUAAAGCUGGAUCAUGGCUGGGCGACGAAACCGUACCGCCGAUGCAGAUGUCAGAACUGCCCAGCGCCACUCCAGCGUUACCUCCCCGGCCAUCACUUGGGGCCAGUAGGAGCAGUGACAAUACAGGGAAAGAGGCGAGUUCAAGUUCUCGACUACGUUUCACCCCGUUCGCCGCACCACCAACGCUGGUGCUUCCUACGAGCAAGGUGUCUCGCAGUCCGAGUCCAGAGCAUGGCGGCCGGAAGACGAUGCGGACGACACUGCGCAGCGAGAAGAAGGGAUUCCGCAAGUAUCGUUCCGCCCCAAACCGUGACAGGUUGCCAGAGACGUUGAAGGCGGCAGGACUGGCUUGGGAGGCACAGCCCAGGAGAGGCUCGCAGACGAGCACGCGACCGGAAUCCGAUUCGACAAUAGAAGCCAGAUUGAGUGCCACCGCGGCCAGGAGAAGCAUAGACCAGGAGGCCACGCUUCGACACGAAGAGCAAAAGAGAUCGAAUGCUUCCACAUUGGGGGUCCCCGACUCGUUCCCUCAACAAUUUUGGCGCGAUAUUUCGAACCCAACUCAUGGACAACCAUCGCUGCAGAAGUCCAUGGAAAGCUUACGGCUGACUUCCGAGUCCGCUCCGAAUUUGAUAGACUUGGAUUCGGAAUCAGACAAGCCUCCUCCUCCACCGCCCCACAGUCUGUCACCAUCAUCGGUCGACGCCAAGUCGAGAGCGAUAUCCGCGCCUUCGCUCCCUAAGCCACCAGACAUAUCGUAUCGGAAAGAAUACCCUGCACGACCACCGAGACCUGCCCGACCCUCCACCAACGACCUACUCGAAAAAGCAUACCCGCGCACCACUUCUAGUACCAGUGUGCAGGGCGUCACUCGCAAACCUGUUGCCAGUUCGAGUCGAGCUGUCGACAACCGAGGCCGUUCUCCAGGCCGGCGAGGUGGGAACACGGACAGCGAGGAUGACACGCCGAAGAGAGAUGCGAACCGAGCUCGAAGGCCUCGAGUGGGGCGAACAGAGAGUGCCAACACAAUCACGCCUCCGUCUACUGAUGUGGAGUCGAUGGAAGACGACGGUUCUAUGUCGGCCGAAGAAAAGAAGAUCGCGGAGAUUCUCCAACAUCUUCCCAAGGGAGUGGAUGAAAACGUGGCGAAACAAAUCCUCAACGACAUCGUGGUCAGGGGAGACGAAGUGCACUGGGACGAUGUUGCCGGGUUGGAGGCAGCAAAGAAGGCUUUGAAAGAAGCCGUGGUCUACCCUUUUCUCCGGCCCGAUCUCUUCAUGGGCUUGCGCGAACCCGCCCGUGGUAUGCUUCUGUUUGGGCCGCCCGGCACGGGCAAAACCAUGCUGGCGAGGGCUGUGGCGACCGAGAGUAAGAGCACGUUCUUCGCGAUCAGCGCUAGCAGCCUGACCAGCAAAUGGCACGGUGAAUCGGAAAAGCUGGUGCGGGCGUUGUUUGCGCUAGCCAAAGCUCUCGCUCCUAGUAUCAUAUUUGUGGACGAGAUCGACUCUUUGCUCAGUACCAGGAGCGGUGCCAGCGAGCAUGAAGCAUCGCGGAGGAGCAAGACAGAGUUUCUCAUCCAGUGGUCCGACUUACAAAGGGCGGCCGCGGGCAAAGACACUACGGUGGGAGAUGCGAGCAGAGUGUUGGUUCUGGCUGCCACGAAUUGUCCAUGGGACAUUGAUGAAGCGGCUCGUCGACGAUUUGUUCGACGGCAAUACAUUCCUCUUCCUGAAGCCGAAACCCGGGAAACCCAAAUUCGAACGUUACUCGGACAUCAAAAUCACAACCUCACUGACGACGACAUCAAGCGGCUGGUGGAGCUGACAGAGGGCUACUCAGGGUCUGAUAUCACGGCACUGGCCAAGGACGCUGCCAUGGGCCCGCUGCGGAAUUUGGGCGAGGCGCUGCUGUACACUCCCAAGGAGCAGAUCCGACCUAUCCAGAUGUCGGAUUUCGAGGCCAGUCUGGCUAGUAUUCGGCCGAGUGUGAGCAAGAAAGGACUAGAAGAAUUCGAGAAGUGGGCUCGAGAUUUUGGCGAGCGAGGUGGAUAG